GCUCAAGCUCGACCUUGAAGUGACAGAUUGAGACGCCUUCAUCCUCAUCAUCGUUCUCAUCCUCAUCUGCGCGAGCUCCAGUUCAGCGCGCGUGAAGCUCGGCUGGCACUUCCUGGGGUGUACAGAACUGAGCUGCCGUCACGAUGGACGCACAAUCACAAGGUCAACAGCCUCCAGUGCCAGUAUUUCAGCCACAGAAAAUCCAACAAGAUAUGGGCUAUAAUAAUUUAGCCAAUUUCGCCAUUGAAAAGAAGAUUGGAAGAGGACAGUUCAGCGAGGUUUAUCGUGCCACAUACGUACUAGAUCAUACCCCAGUAGCUCUGAAAAAAAUACAGAUAUUCGACUUGAUGGAUGCCAAAGCUCGGCAAGAUUGCAUCAAAGAAAUAGAUCUCCUGAAGCAAUUGAACCACCCCAAUGUAAUUAAAUACCAUGCGUCAUUCAUCGAAGAGAAUGAGCUAAAUAUAGUACUGGAACUCGCAGACGCCGGGGACCUCUCGCAAAUGAUAAAGCAUUUCAAGAAACAAAGACGACUGAUUCCAGAGAAGACGGUGUGGAAGUACUUUGUUCAGCUUUGCAGCGCACUGGAGCACAUGCACUCCCGCCGCGUCAUGCACAGAGACAUUAAACCGGCAAACGUCUUCAUCACAGCCACUGGAGUGGUAAAACUGGGCGACCUGGGUUUGGGACGCUUCUUCAGUUCCAAAACCACUGCGGCUCAUUCUCUAGUGGGCACCCCAUACUACAUGUCUCCCGAGCGGAUACACGAAAAUGGAUAUAACUUCAAAUCUGACAUCUGGUCGCUAGGCUGCCUGCUCUAUGAGAUGGCUGCCUUGCAGAGUCCGUUCUACGGGGACAAAAUGAACCUGUACUCGCUGUGUAAAAAGAUCGAGCAGUGCGACUACCCUCCGCUACCAUCUGACCAUUACUCUGAAGAGCUGAGAAAACUGGUAGAUAUGUGCAUCAACCCCGACCCCGAGAAAAGGCCCGACAUCACCUACGUAUACGGCAUCGCCAAGCACAUGCAAGCCCUCACCAUAGCAAACUGAGUCUGCCAUCUUGUCCUCCUUGCUCUUGCUUUCGAAGGCCUGUGCCUGGCCCACGUUUUCACAUAAUUUCAACAUAAUACAACUUGACUUGAGCAAGACGUCAAAAAAAAACAAUUUACAAUACUGUAAAUACAGUGUGAGGCCCUCCAUUUAUUAAUGUCGACAGUAGAUCUGCAGUAAAUGAAAUGCAUGAGACGACCAAGGUGAAAAUUCGCUGACUUUUAAAUAUAUAAUGCUUCUAAGAAGAAUAGGGAAAAUCAGCAGUGUUGUAAACUGGUUUGACUUGAUUUUACUCUUUUUGAUGUUGGUACAAUACAAUGAUCGCGGUAUGCAUGUAUACCUCGUGUUUUGGGCUCCUGUCGCCACGUUAGGAGCGAGUGUAAAUCAGUUGUUUUUUUACAAUCCCAACACCACUUCAAAGCAACACUUUAUAAGAAAACCAGAAAAACAUCUCUAUAAAGAGAACAAAAAUUCCCCUCAAAAAGCAAGUUAGUGCAUUUGAAAUUGUGGAGGUUUGUCGUUCUAUUUAAAGCGAGUGAAAUCAUAGUGGAGUUUGUUGUAGUUUCCAUGGGCUAAAUAAGUCGUCCAUCUCUAAACCUCAACAGACUCGCCUUUAGAUGUCAAUGCAUCAUGCUGUGUCGGAAAUAUGCAUUUACUCCCAAGUAUUGAAACUUGUUGGGAAUAACAUAAAUUGUGGAUCUAAAAACCUAAAGUAGGAUUUGAGUUUUUCUUCACUGUCUCUCACACCUCAGCAUAUUUAUUGCAAUGCAUCCUGGGAUUGUUUCCUCAAAGACCUUAUUAAAGGCCUUAUUUUUAUUUGAUUCUUUUUUGACCCACCUGGUGCCUUUGUAGUUUUACAAAAUAUGCAAAUGAAAUAAAAGCGCUAUAAAGAAAUACACUCCAGUUGAUCAUAACUACAAUACAUUGCACAUUCAAUGCGUCUGCAUUUUGCUGGAUAUUAUAAUAAUGCAUUCUGGAUCAAGUCUGUUUUAAAAGGUGAAUUCCUCCCAUGUCAGCACAUAGUAUCUGCACCUCUGUGGCUGCUACUUGAACUUCAAUAAAUGAUUAAUGCAAAGGUCUCGCAUACAAUGCUGUAACUUAUAAAUAUUCACACAUCCACUGUGCCUUCAGAUUUUUUGAAAGUGCCUUGUUUUUCUGCAUUAAAAAAGAUGGUGAUGUAAUUAAACAGUGGUGUGUAAAAACCUUUCUUCCUGUAAACCAAAUAGUACAAUUUGACGAAAUGCUGUAUGUCACGUCGACGCCCAGUGAUGCAUUAUUUCUUGUAUAUAGACAUACAGGAAACAACAACUACCAUAAUUCAGUUGGUUUACAAGUGACCUCACAGUAACAUGUUUAGUAGUUUAUUUCAAUAGGAGGUACGUUUUUUAACAAGUUUGCAAAACAAUUGUAUUUUAGUGAUUACAUGGACAACAUUCAAUGCGUUUAAUUGGCCUUGUACUAUUUUUCAUCAAAAACAUUUUUUACCUCUUCCAGAUUCUGUGUGCUCUUGUACCGCUUUCCAGAAAGUGGCUUGUGAUCUUCGUCCGACUCUGUCUUGUAUCGGUUACACAAGCCUAUGAAGUUAUACUAUACAGACAGCAGCUAUUAUGUGGCACCCUUUGAUCAUACAGUAUGAUUUGCUGUGAUAGUACCAAAUAUAAAAUGGUAUUUAACUUUAGUCGAGAGCAUUUUUAUUGUUUACUAUUUUACCAUAUUUUUGCAAUAAUCACAUAACUUUUCUUUCGUUAACACAAUAACAGAUUGUACUUGUUGCCCUAUAGACAAUAGGAUGUAUUUAUCUUCAAAUGGCCUCAUCAGUGAGAUCUGGAUCGACAUGAAUUUAGAUCCAGUUUCUUGCUGUUGAGGAGAGAAAAGCGCACAUGAAUUGGACACUGAUUGUCUGCCAGACUAUUUGCUUCACCUGUUUGACAGGUGAAAGAUAUGCAACUUUUAUUUAUUUUUUUGUUUUUUUGGAUGGUUUAUUUGAACAUUUACAUGUUUAACAUUCAAGAUGCACAUUAAUUCCUUAUAUGCUCAUUAAAAUAAAAAAAGAAAUAAAACAAAAUAAGACUAAAACCUUUACUGUGGUGUUUUGAAUAUGUGAUGUU